UCCAACUCAUUCGGACCACAAUGAGGUGUUUUCUGGUUAUUUGUGUCCUGGCUCUGGCUGCUCCGAUUAUUCUAGCCCGCACCAUGGAUCGGUGUUCCUUGGCUCGGGAGAUGUCCAAUCUCGGAGUUCCUCGUGACCAACUGAGCAAGUGGACCUGCAUUGCGGAGCACGAGAGUUCCUAUCGAACUGAAGUGGUCGGUCCACCCAACUCCGAUGGAUCCAACGACUAUGGAAUCUUCCAGAUCAACGACCUCUAUUGGUGCCAGCCUCCGAGUGGAAGGUUCUCCCACAACGGCUGCGGGCUGAGCUGCAAUGACCUCUUGACCGACGACAUUAGCAGGUCGGUGAGAUGUGCCCAAACGGUCCUGGGUCAACAGGGAUGGCCUGCCUGGUCCACCUGGCACUUCUGCAGUGGGGAUCUGCCUCCAAUCGAUGAUUGCUUCAAAUAGGGUAUCCAAUACGUCGAAAAAGAUUUAUAAGUGUGACACACAUUUUAUCUUGUGCAAUAUUACACUUUCUUUACGAACUUAAAUUUGCAUUAAA